AUGAACCAAUCCAUCGCUUCAUUGAUUAAAUUGAAACUAUUUCAAGGGUCAUCUCCAAGUCCAAGUUAUUCAUCUAUAUCAAGCACUGACGCAAGCAAAGAAACAACACCUUCUGGUAAUUCAAUAGAGAAUACUGACAAAGAAAAUGAAAACAAUCAAUAUAAUAAUGAUUAUACUGGAAUUGCUAACGUGAAGAAGGAUGAGAAUUUCCAUAGAGAAAAACUAUCAGAGAUUAAAGCUAAGAAGAAGACCCAAAAGAAAGAAAAUGAAGCAAGUCACCUAGAAGAUUUCGCUCAAACUAACCUGCCCAAGAAGUUUAAUGAUGAGAAUGUUGAAUUGGCUUCUAAACCAGAGAAUAACAGUGAUCCUAUGGAAAACACUGAGAAAGAAUCUAGAUGGAGACACGGUAGAUUCCAAAGAAUAAGGAAUAAAAUGAACGUCCUAGAAAAAAAUCUCAAGAAUUCAAAUUCGAAUAAUACCGCUAAACCUCCAACUAGUACACAAUCAUCACAUCUGCCACAUCAACGACGUCACCAUCAUCAUCAACUAAUACCAAAUUUGCAUCAUCGAACAGGUGAAAGGGAACCGAUUAUAAAGAAAACUUCUCUCACAGAAGAAAGAAGAGUAAAUUCACAACCAACCUUUAAUGUUGCCACCACAUUGCCUUUAAGUCCUGUCAAGAUGUUUCCCGAGAAGUUCCCUCAGAAAGGACCUGAAAAAGAAUCUCAAUCAUCAACAUUAUCGAAUAUUUCUUUGAAUACUUUUGUUCCAUCCUCACCAAUUAAGCUCCGACAAGGAAAGGGAAAUUCGGAAGAUUCAACCUCAUCAUCAUCAAUUAGGUUUGACGAUGGAAACCCUGGCAAGAUAGAGUUAAAAAAGAACGAGAGGAAAACAACCUCCAUUGGCAGAAGACGUAGUAAAACUGUUGAUGCCUCAGAUUAUAUAAAGAAAUCACAUGUAUCUUCAAUUCCAUUGAUCAAGGAAAUGGAAAGGGUUGAAGCAAUUAGACAGCCACAUAGGUCGCACAGUAGAUCAUUUUCAGAAAACCGACCCUUAAGGAAAUCCCAAACUUUAACUUCCAGUAUGACAAUGAGUCCUAAUAAUAAAAUAAUCUCUAAAUCUCCAAGGUCAUCAUCCGGAUCAUUUACAGCACCUCAUUGGAUGAAUUCCUCGAAUCCGCCAAUAAGUGCUAGACGAAGUAGUUCAAUUGUCAACGCAUUAACCUCUUUUGUGAAUUUGAGAUCUACCAGUGCAUCUUCAACGAAACCACAAUUCCAAUCUCAAUUAGGUCGUUGUUCUUGUAUGAAGACAUUAGAUGAUUUGCCUACACCUCCUCAUUAUUCAGCAGACGACUCUCAUGAAUCAUAUUUAAAGAAAAUCUCAAAAUAUGGGAAAUUCAUUGGUGUAAUUUUAACUAAGAAAGAUGAUGAAUUCCAAAGAAAAACUCUCAAUUAUUUCUUAACCAAUCAUUUUGACUUCGAAAAUGAUCCCAUUGACGUUGCAUUAAGGAAAAUAUUGAUGUUUUUAGAACUACCAAAAGAAUCUCAACAAAUCGACCGUCUACUUAUUGAAUUUAGUAACGUUUAUUAUAAAGAACAGAGAGAUCAUUUCAAGAAUAAAUGUGCCUGGAAAGAUGAAAACCAAGUUUAUUUUAUUACCUUUUCAUUAUUAAUGUUACAUACUGACUAUUUCAACCCGAAUAAUAAAAACAAAAUGUCCAAGGAGGAUUUUGUUAGUCUUGUUCAUGGAGAUGAAUAUUCCGGUGGCAAUAAGAUUCCUCUUGACAUAUUAUUUUAUUAUUAUGAGAAUAUAAUAGCAAUGGAAUCUCCAAAAUUUGAUUUUUCUCCUAUUAUUCCAGAAGUGAUUAUAAAUGAGGAAUCUGCGAUGUCCACAAGCGCAGAUGACCACACAGAAGAAGAAAAAAAAGGAUUUUCAUUGAACGAGAAAAUGUACUCUCCGUUACACUUGAUAAAAGAAAAGAAACUAAUGUCUAGCGAGAUCCAAGCAUUCCCACCUCAAUCAUAUUCAAUUAUAAACCCUACAAGACCAGCAUCAAAUUCGAUUUCAUCAUAUUUUUCUGCACCUACAUCCAUAUCGAGCAGCACGAGUACAGUGUAUCAAGAUGAUAUCGAUAUAUAUUUCCAUAUUUUAUCAGAUACCCUCUCUGAGAUUAACAUGAAACAUCAUGUGGAUAAAUUAUGCCCAGAAAAUAAAGUUGUUGAUACAAAAUAUAAUGUUCCAUCUCAACAUCGUUAUGAUAAAUAUUUUUCUAUUUUGAACGAAACUAAAGGUGGAUAUCUGCGAAUUUCGAAAUCUCAAUUAUCAAAAUUACCCUCAUUUUCUAUUGUUAAUGAAACUCAUAAUAAUAAUAAUAAUAUGAAGGGCAAUAAUGGUAAGAAGAAUUCUGAUUAUUAUUAUCUGAAAAUUAUUCAAAUGGGUGAAAUUAAUGAAUUUUAUACUAAUAAAAAAUUAAUCUUCUCUAAUAAAAAUGAAUGGAAAUCCAAGAAAGGCAUAUUGACAACUAAUGGGAUUAUACUAUAUGAAAAGAAAAAUGUCGAAUUAGGUGAACCACAAAUCAUGAGGGAUGAUGUAAGUGGUACAAGUAAUUAUAUUAUCGAUUUUAAACAUGUCGGGAAUGUUAGUUUCAUUUCUUGUAAUGGAUUAUUUGCUGCAAAUAAUAUUGAUGAAUUUUUACAAACUGGGAUUAUUGGACUAACCGAGGAUUCAAAUGAUACCGGCGCGAACAGUAAUACUAAUGCUAAUAGCAGCAAUACCAUCGAUGACUUAGUCAAGAAUAAUAAAGGUUGUAUUUUGUACCUAAUUGGUUCACAAGGUAAAUAUAUUUGGAAAUGUGAUAAUAAAUAUGAGACAGAGAACUGGAUUGAUUCAAUUAAUUCUAUGGCAAGUUUUGAAGGAUGUAAUUACAAUUUUGGUUGUUUGAGGAAUACUAUUACUAGUUUUAGGAAAUAUGAAGUCAAAGAGAAAUACGACAGGUUAAAGAAGUCGAAGAAGGAUAAAUUGAAGAAAUUUAUUCAAAUCCAAAAAAAGUUGACAUUAUUUGAGCAAUCUAUCCCGAUUAGUUUGAAAACAAGAAAUGAUAUGAUUAUCUCCAUUAAACAGCUGGCUGUGAAAAUGGAUUGGUUAUUAUAUGAGAUUAAAAGGAAUGCGAUUUAUAUAUCCAUUUUGAAACAUAUUGAUGAGGACUAUGAGAAUAUAUUAACGGAAUCAUCGUCAUCUUUAACAAAUAAAAGCGAUGUAAAUAGUUUUGCAGCUUCAAUUGAUGAAAGUUUCAUAUUUCAUGAACAGAAUUUGCAUCGUUGCAUUUCAGAAACUGAAUCGAUGUUUCCAAAUCAAAGUUCUGAGAAUGCAUCCCUUGAAUUCCUCACUUUUUGA